AUGCAGGUCACUUUCAAAAGGCUUUACCAUCCCACUCUUGCUCGGAUGUCCUUCUUGAGUAAAUUCCUCAAGCCAAUGAUGAAAACAGCUUCCCCAAAGGACUACCAGGUAAAGCAAUUGAUUAAACCCGUAGGUUUGACAGAGGCGCCAAAGCGUAAUGUGAAAUAUUCGCAGGGAAACUCGCUGAAGGAUAUGUUCGAUUCGCAAAAGACUAACCACAGAGUGGAAGAAUUGAGCGCUGAAUUCAGCAAGUCCGGGCUUUACGAAGUACAAGUCUUCCAGAAGACUAAGGGGAAAAUGUUCUUGGCCCCGAUUUCAUACUGGAAGGACACUAAGGCUUUAUAUUUUCCUCAUCUAGUUGGUACUUCCGUGGAUGGUACGAAAGACCAAAAUAUUGAGGAUCUUCUGAGGGGUAAAACCAGUAUCGUGAGAUUAUUCAGCACAGCUGCUGGUGAUAAGUUGAGUGGUUCUUAUUUCCAAGAAGCAACCAGCGAUAACAAAACCACUGACUAUUUGAUGGAUGCUGAUGCUCGUUUGGGUCUAAACAAUCAUAAUGUGCAAAUCAUCGAAGUGAACCUCAUAGAGAAUGCUGUGAAAAGCGCCCUUGUAAAAACACUUGCUCGUUGGACUAAUCGUAUUCCAAACUGGCGUCAGCCGUUUUAUUUCGAGUGCUCCAGAGCUCAAUGGCCAUUUCACAUCAGAGAAGAACUCUUCUGCAAUAAUGUCUUUUCUGGCUACGUCUUUUUGGUGGACCAACACCUGAAAGUUAGAUGGGCAGCCUGUGGGGAGGCCACUCCAUCCGAAAAGGAAGCGUUGUGGAAGUUUGCUAAAAUCCUCUAA